AUGUCUGUUGGUGGAAAUUUAGCUCGGUUCAAUGGUCAACCCGGUCUUCAGACAGGACUAAACUCGAUCGAAUCCACUACUUACACCAUUAUGAAUAGUGCUACCACAACCGUAGUAACAGCUACUGACGCUAUUCCUCCUGCUAGUAAAGUCCCUUCUGGAGUUACAAUCAUCGGUCCAUCCACCACAGUUGUUGGUGCUUCCCAAGACGCUAAAUCUGUUACCUACACUAUUAUGGAUAGUACUACAACGACUGUAGUAACUGCUGAUGGCACUAUUCCUCCAGCUGACCAAAUCCCCUCUGGAAUUACAGUUAUCGGUCCUUCUACUACGGUCGUUGGUAACUCCAAAAAUGGCGAUAAAGCUGUCACCUAUACGAUUGAAGAUGCUACCCUCACCACGGUAGUAGUUGCUACUGGUACUAUCCCUCCCGCUAAUCAAAUUCCUAAAGGAGUCACAGUCAUCGGUCCCUCCACCACAGUUGUCGGUGCCUCCGGUGGCGCGCAAGUUUUACCCGGAAAAAAUGGCACAAGCUACGAAGUUAGGUGCAACCGCCUAUAG